AUCCGCAGCGGAGACCGAGGGACGGAGAGAGUUUGAGCGAGCAGGCAGACGCCGUGAGGGGUUGGGGGGGGGAGAGACAGUGUGAGAGGAACGAGAGAGCAAAGACACGGCGUUAGAAGAGGAAGAGCGUCCGGCCAUGUCGGCGGUCGUCUGCAGUCGCUAGCUCUGCUGCGUGGCGCGGUCGUGCUUUUUGAACACUGCAGGUCGCCUCCUUCUCUUUUUUGGGGGAAAAAAAAAAAGGAAGAACCUCAGGGAGGUGGGAAUUUCUGGCACAAGUGCUCGGCACUGCGGCACCCCCCGGUGCAAGGCGACGGAAUGUAGCAGAAAGGAGGGCGCAGCUGAGGAUCCAUCCGUCCAGACUUUGGUCCCCCCCCCCCCGACCAUCCCAUCUGUCUCUGCAUCCACUGCUCCCUUCGGCCCCCCCACUCCCCAUCCCCCGUGCAUCUCUGUGUAUGGGAGCUGAGGCUUUGGCAGGCUGUCAGUCAGCAUGCGGCGGUGUGAACGGGCAGCCCAGUGCCCACAACACGCUAUGGACGUCAGACACUCGCUGUACUAAUGAAAGGCUUCAAGCUCGCCUGCACUGCCAGUAACUCAAACAAGAGCACCCCCGCCUGCUCACCAGUCCUGCGUAAACGCUCGCGCUCUCCCACACCACAGAGCCAGGAGGGCGAGAACAUGGUGGAGAAGGGUUCCGACCACUCCUCUGACAAAUCCCCCUCCACGCCCGAGCAGGUCGUCCAGAGAACGUACUCCCUGCAGUCAGCGAGAAGCGGGGGAAAGAACUCCAAGAAGAGCCAAAGCUGGUACAACGUGCUGAGCCCGACAUACAAGCAGCGCAAUGAGGACUUUAGGAAACUCUUCAAGCAGCUGCCCGACACAGAGAGGCUCAUUGUGGACUACUCCUGUGCUCUUCAACGGGACAUCCUCCUGCAGGGACGACUCUACCUCUCCGAGAACUGGAUCUGUUUCUAUAGCAACAUCUUCCGCUGGGAAACGCUGCUGACAGUGCGGCUAAAGGACAUCUGCUCAAUGACAAAAGAGAAGACUGCCCGCCUCAUUCCCAAUGCCAUCCAGGUCUGCACAGACACUGAGAAGCACUUUUUCAGCUCCUUCGGAGCCAGGGACCGAACCUACAUGAUGAUGUUCAGACUGUGGCAGAAUGCGCUGCUGGACAAGCCGCUGUGCCCCAAAGAACUGUGGCACUUUGUUCAUCAGUGCUAUGGCAACGAGCUUGGCCUGACUAGCGACGACGAGGACUAUGUUCCCCCUGAUGAUGACUUCAACACCAUGGGGUUCAGUGAAGAGAUUCCCAACGAAGAGAAUGAGAUCAACAAUGACAACUUGUCGAAGAGCAGCGCUGAGGCCAAGCCCGAGGGGAGUCCUCCUCCACUACAUAAGAAGAUGGUUCCAAACAGCACCAUGCCCAGCCCAGGCAACCAUGACGCACCCAUCACAUUUGACCUCCCAGCAGAAGAGUAUGCAGACUGCCUACCGGACGGCGAGCUUCUCGCGUUGCCCCUUUUGGUGGAGGAGAGGAACAUUGAUACCAGCGGGCCUGGUGGUCCUGUCCCCUCACCGUCUCUGGACUUCAACGACAACGAAGACAUCCCGACUGAGCUCAGUGACUCGUCCGAAACGCACGACGAGGGUGAAGUGCAGGCCUUUCAUGAGGAUCUGAAUGGCAGGCAGCACAUCAAUGAAAUCUACAAGUUCAGUGUGGACAAGCUCUAUGGGAUCCUCUUCACAGAGUCGCAGUUCAUGAGUGACUUCAUGGAACAGAGGCGAUUCUCAGAUGUGGUGUACCACCCAUGGAAGAAAGAGGAGGCUGGGAACCAGACUAGAGAGAUCAUGUACACCAUCUCGCUGUCCAACCCCCUGGCCCCCAAAACAGCCACAGUCAUAGAGACACAGACUCUGUACAAAGCCAGCCAGGAAAGUGAGUGUUACAUCAUCGAUGCUGAGGUCAUCACGCACGACGUGCCCUACCACGAUUACUUCUACACCCUCAACCGCUACAUGCUCACCAGGGUGGCCAAGAAUAAGUGUCGGUUACGGGUAUCGACGGAGCUGCGCUACAGGAAGCAGCCGUGGGGGCUGGUGAAAGGCUUCAUAGAGAAAAACUUCUGGAGCGGAUUAGAAGAGAACUUCCGCCAUUUCGAGUUGGAGCUGUCCAAACUGGAGGAGUUACUGACCGAGUCCCACCAGCUGUCUCCGAAGGCCAAGGCGGUGAAGAACUCCACGGUGAGGCGGAAGAAGAGGCCACUCCCCCACAUGCGCAGCCAGCAUCUGGAUGAGGCGCUCAGCCCCGUAACCACGCCGACGGAUGAGGAAGUGAUUCAGAGGAUCAAACAAGUGGCAGGCUCCACCCAAACCAGACACCAGAGUCCAGAAAACCAUCACCUGCCAGGAGGCCUCGCUCUCUACAGCGUCUCCAAAUUGCUGCUCAUCAUCAGCUUUGUCCUGGUCCUGCUGGUGUUCCUCAACAUGAUGCUCUUCUACAAGCUGUGGAUGCUGGAGUACUCCGCACAGUCCUUAACAACCUGGCAAGGUCUGCGGCUUCAUGAAAGUAAACUGCCUCAGACGCAGAUGGAGUGGGCCCAGCUCCUGGAGGCGCAGCAGCGUUUCCAUGACGCCGAGCUGCAGAAGUGGAGGGAGAUUAUCAAGUCGUCGGUCGUGCUGCUAGACCAGAUGAAAGACUCGUUAUUGAACCUCCAGCGAGGCAUUGGUAUAAAGGACUACAGCUCCGAGGCUGAGGAGAAGAGAAGUCGCUAUCACUGACACGCCACCAACAAGGCCAUGAGGGCAUGCUGUGCAAUAUACUGUAGGACCUGUUUUGUUAUGAGGGCAGCAGCAAGACGGUAAAGAGAGGACGGAGGGGGGAGGCGAGACCGACAGUGAGCUGGCCUAACAGACACCGAGAGAGCAGACCUUGUCUCCAGCGCACAGAGGUUGAAACCCCCGGGAGGAGGAAGACCACAGACAGAAAGUGCCCCUUUCACACACAGGACUGAGGUGUCCCCAACAUCACUGAGGCACCCUGGGAAGGUGCUCCUUCUCUACACCUGCGGGAUGAACCGUUUUCUUCUUCUCUCUUAUUUCCAAGUGCAUCCUACUGUAAGCCAUGGCGACCAGAGAGUCGCGGAGAGAAGGGAGGAAAGCUACUGCAUGCAUUUAGACAACCCAGCUCUCCCCUCAGUCAGUGUUAAUGUGGUCCAGUUCCAGUCUAUGUGUGUCAAAAAAAAAAGAAAAAAAAAAAGAAGAACAGAAGACGAGGAGAGGUCGAGUCGAAGAAAGGGGGGGUCCUUUCGAGUCUUAAUGGCUGUCUACACUCUCGAGACUGUUCCAAACCAUUCAUCCCUCUAGAGGUCCGCGCUGCAGCGUCCCUUUAGCGAACCUCCAUGUGAUCAAGGUACAGAAUCGUUCCACCACCAAGAAACGACGCGUUGCAGCUGGGAGCUCAGCGUCACCGAUAAGUCCCCAUUGCCUUGUUUGAACCUGGCCCGUGUGGUCUCCGGCAGGGCUGGUUCCCUGUCGGACUGUUGUGUUGAAAUAUUUAUAAGUAGAAUCUAAAGACAGAUGAGACCUAAGCCAGUAUUUUUAACCUUACACACAAUUCACUUAAUCAGUUGCCCCGGCCACAUUGCUGGCUACCUCCCAUUGCAGUAUUCCUCAUCCUUCUAAUGAAGUAGAAUGUAUCAGCCUGGACAAAGAGGCCAGACUUUGAUCACAACCUAUUCAUUUUUGAAAAAGGGGGUGCUGCAGCCAGACCGAUAGGGAGAUCUGUGUCCUUACAUGUUUUAUUACUAAACUGUGACUAUAUCUCUUUAAAAAAGGUUUCA